AUGUCAGCCAAUUCGAAGCCACUUGUGGAAUUAUUUGUUAAAGCCUCCACUACCAACAAAAAAGAAAAAGGUGCCUGUCUGAUCGGUCAGCAGUGGUUCAUGGUAUUAUAUUCGCUGGUUGAAAGAGGCCUGAUUGAUUUGCGUUUUACCCCGGUCGCACUCGACGACCCGCCAUAUAACUAUUUUAAAUUAAACGCCGCGCGUCAUCUACCCAUUGCAUGGAUCGAAUCUGGCACGCUAAAUGGUCAAAAGGUAUCCGAUGUGUUGAUCCAGUCAUGGGAAGCAUUGGAAAUUUUUAUGGAUCGCCUGAAUAAUGCAAAUUUGAAUCCGCAGGUAAGCCAGACUGAUGUGCGACAAGCGGAAAGAGUGUUUGAAGAUCUCAUCAACCAUAUGAUGCAAUUUGUUCGUUAUAAUAAAGAGAAACCUUUGUUAAACACACUGGAAAAGAUCGAUAACUUCUUGACCAGCAAAGGAGAACGAUUUCUGUUGGACUCAGAAAUCACAUAUCCAGAUUGUCAGCUGAUGCCUAAGCUGCAACACAUGCGAGUAGUGUGUGGCGCAUGUAAAAACUUCGAUAUUCCACAACAAUUCAAGAGCUUGUGCAACUAUGUUGCCAAUAUGUAUCGUACACGUGCGUUUAUUUAUUCCUGUCCGUCGGAUCGGGAUAUAUUGCUGCACUAUAUGGAGAAAAAUGCCAUCGCGAAAGAUAUGCGUCUGAAUUUGUUGGGAUCGGAUUUUCUAUGCGAAGCUCCGGGUUCGUCGCACAAAUACGAGACUGUGGUCAACGGGAGUCUAUCUUCAUGA